UUACAGGAUGUAGCGUAUAGAUGACGCAAGGUGAAUUUGUGGCCAUCUGUGAUAAAUUCUUGAAUUAAUUUAUUAUUGAUAUUCUCAGCCGGCUUCUUGGUAUAACCUCAAAAAAGAGUUGUACUAGUUUAAGAUCGUCAGGGGAAUGUGCCACGUAUGAAAAUGGAAAUUGUAAAAGAUUAUAAAAAUGACAAUUUUCAUAAGGAUGAAAUACGAAAAUCGUGGUUUGAUGCAACGUUGUUGCGAAUUUUUAUUCUUGCUACGUGUUUCAAAAUGCUUCUUAUUCCUACAUAUCAUUCCACUGAUUUUGAGGUGCAUCGUAACUGGCUUGCCAUAACAUUUAGCUUGCCUAUAAAAGAAUGGUAUCUUUCGAACAAAUCGCAGUGGACUCUAGACUAUCCACCUUUCUUUGCAUGGUUCGAAUACUUUCUUAGUCAGGUAGCAGUCUAUUUUGAUCCAGAGAUGCUCAAAAUUGAUAAUUUAAACUAUACUUCACCUAAUGCUAAAUUGUUUCAAAGGGCUACAGUGAUGAUAGCUGAUAUAAUAUUAGUUUAUGGUGUAAUAAAAAUAGGUGAAACCUUCUGCAAAUCUAGAAGCAGCUACUUAAUUCUAAGUUUUCUCUCAAUAUUUAAUGUAGGCCUUCUUAUAGUAGACCAUAUACAUUUUCAGUAUAAUGGUUUCUUAUUAGGUAUAUUAUUGUUGUCUAUAACUAAGGUAGCAGAAGUGGAUAAGGAGAGUUCUAUUUUACAAGGAGCAGUAUGGUUUUCUAUGUUGCUCAACUUGAAACACAUUUACAUAUAUGUAGCACCAGCUUAUGUUAUAUGGUUACUAAGAUGGUAUUGCAUAAAAGGUGGCAAAUUUUUCAGCAGGAUAUUGAAGCUAGGAAGCAUUGUUUUAAUUGUUCUGAUCUUAUCCUUUGGCCCUUUUGUUUCUCAAUUACCACAGGUCUUCUCACGCUUAUUCCCGUUCAAGAGAGGACUAGUUCAUGCCUAUUGGGCUGCGAAUGCCUGGGCCUUAUAUACAGGAGCUGAUAAGUUUCUAUCUGUACUUUGGAAACAGCUUGGUUGGUUACAAGCAACCAGAACAGCUUCUAUGACUGGUGGUUUAGUUCAGGAAGAUAUCUUUACUGUUUUACCAACACCUACACCUAUUGUUACAUUUGUUGUAACAUUUGCUUCGAUGAUUCCAGCCUUAUGGUCUUUAUUUACUAAGAACGAGGCUAAAAUAACUCCAAAACAUUUUGUACGAUGUCUAAUAUUGUGUGGACUGAGUUCCUUUAUGUUUGGAUGGCACGUUCAUGAGAAAGCUAUUCUUACUGCAAUUCUACCUUUAUGUACCCUAGCAGUUGUGGAUAAACAAGAUGCAAGAGUAUUUAUAAUCUUAAGCUCUGCAGGUCACACUGGCUUAUUACCUUUACUUUAUCCAACAGAAUUAACUCCAUUGAAAUUAUUACUCUCAUUAGUGUAUAUGAUGUUAGCAGGAAUAAUAUUAACACAUAAAUUCCAUAAUAGUUUACUUAAAAAAUAUGAAUGGUUAUAUGUAGGAAUACUUCCCUUUGUUACAUUCUAUGAAUCAGUACUUCACAAGUUAAUAUUUACUGAUAGAUUACCAUUCUUACCAUUAGCUUUUACUUCCAUGUAUUGUGCAAUAGGAGUUACAUAUUGCUGGUUAUUAUACUAUUACAUGUAUUUAGGCGACCGUUUCCAAAAUGACAUUACGAUGUAUAAGAAAAAAGAGGAGAAUAUUAUAAAAUCAAAAAAAAAACAUUAUAAAUAAAAUCAUUUGGAUUCAA